GCGUCGGUCAUUUACGCCGACAACAAGUUGGAGCGUGGACGUGUGGUGCGAGCAGAAGUGUGCCGAGCCCCCCGUAAAAGUUGAUCCGCCGCCGUGAUAAUCGCGAGAGAGAAGUGACGAUUCGCCGACGGGAUGGAAGUGACAUUUAAAUAGCGAGUGGGGGAUCGUCGACCUCGAUCCUCCCGCCGUUGAUUUCGGUGCAGUUGAGUUGUUACGUGCCGGAAACUGGGGUAGUGAUACCGCGGUAGUGCAUCGUGUAUUAUAUAUUAAUUAGCGACCGCGGCCGCGUCCACGGCCCCGAGGGUUUUCCGUCGCGCGCGCGGAAACGACCGGCCGUCGGUCGCGCUUUCGACUCGAAAGUCGCGAUUCGAGAAACUCUCGCGCCCGCCGCCGAUACGAUUUAUCGACUUGUCGCGAUAAACUCGUUUGAUGACGAUUCGACGUGGCGGCGCGUCCUCGAGGGUUGCAAACAGGUGACACGUAUUCCCUUUCCUUCGUCCCGAUUGCGCGCGGAACACGAUGGCAGAUCGGAGCGGCCGGGCAGUCGUCGAUCCCGCCGGGCGCUCGUCGAUACUCUCGGAGCGUCGACGCAGCUGAGCCGUCGAACGAGGACUCGAUUGGCACGCACGACGAAUGGCUCGCGAACGUCGCGCCACGAGUCUCGCUCCCGACGAUAAUCGCUCGCGAAUCGGAGCUCGCGUCCUUGUUGGCGCGCCGAUCGAAUUAAAAAGAAUAAGUACGAGGCGACGCGAUCAACAAGGAGGACGGCCGACUGGCGAGAGCGCGUCUGUGGCGAGCGGACGAUAACGAGGCGGCGCGUAGAAGGAGCAUCGCGCCACUGGAAAAAGGAGGUCCUCGCCUCUCUCGUUGCGGAGGUGAUUAGCGUGCGUCAGUUUUGGUGCCCGGUGCGACCCUCGUGUCACGUUGACCAGGUCGCGUGGAGGAGAUCGUGGAUAAGAGCUUUUCCGUCGGUCGUGAGUGCGACGUCGGUAUGACCAGCGACGCCAAUUGACGCUCCGAAAGUGAGAGGAAGAGAGCGAGAACGAUGAUGCCGCCGCCGCAGGUCGUGGGUGUCCUGCUCAAGAAACCGGGACAGCAGACUCACCCACGGUUACCCCCCCUGGAUCCGCAGGAGACCAAAAUUAAAGGCGAGCUGUACGUGGAAGAUUUGGCCGAAAGAAGAAUGGUUUCCAUCAGGAUGGGCAAUCUGUGGGUCGAAGGUACUCCGAAGAGCUUACCAUUACGAACGUUGAACCUUCGUCAAGCAUUGUCCAACCUCUGUCAACCACAUCCGCUCGCUCUGGGUUUUACCUUGAGCGACCCAGAGGAUCGCUCGCUCGCCACCUUUUGGGCGGACACGGAACCGAUUUAUUGGUCUUGGGUCAGAGCGAUCGCGGCUGAACUAGUCCGGCAAACGCCGUUUCGCUCUCUACGACGCUUGAACUUCCUGGAGAUAUUGACCAGUUGUCCGAGAGGCCCGGUUCCGUUGCCAGAUAGCCCGACGGAAACGAGGAGGCGAUCUCGCAGCGAAUUACGUUGCUGGCCGAGUGACUCGCCGACGGAAAAGACGGCAAUGUGCACGACAACGAUCCUCGAUGACUCUAGGAGAAGGGCAAGGAGCGAGCUGCGCGGUUGGUCCAGCAGCAACUCGAGCGACGAGGACCUCUUGGGAGAAUUUCGAAGCGUACCCACUGUGAUAAGCAACAAGGACCAACCGGUCAGCAGAGCGUGGGGUUGUAGCGAAAGCAGCGAGGGUAGCGACGAUAGUCUCCCUUGGGGUGGCGUAUGCCGGUCGAGCGUCGACACAGUGGACUCCCGCAGCGUGCCCUUACCGGAACCGGAAACGAGAGAACAGAGGAUACAGAGGUACAAAGAGACGCGCAGACGCGAAAAUGAAGCGAGAAGUCGACGAGUUCUCGAAGAGGACGCGAGGCGAAAAGCGAAAGCCGAGGAGAAUAACAACAACUUGCCCAAGAUCUAUGGUAGAGCCAGGAGCAGAAUCUGUUCCGUCAACGACAACGACGACGUUCAUCCAACCCGCUCGCCUAAAAAGGAACCCCUUACUUCAAUCGACAUGCGAAAGCAAAACGACAAUUCAAUCGUCGAUCGACUUCCUCCGCUCAAGCCACACGAGUCUUCCACAGUAAGAUUUACCGAGGAAAAUCAUCGGAACGAGGACGACAAACGGAAUAAUAAUAAUAGUCCAAGAAGUGGAAACAACAGUCCCGCGAUGUUCAGGUCGGAUAUUAGCGAGAGGAGAAGUAGAGCCAGAGAAAGGAGGAUAUCUCGUGACAAGGGGCAGCAAUUGCAGACCCAGCAAUUGACCGGUAUCACCAUCGCCAACGUGGAAACUCUUCAAGAGCGGAAGGAGCGUUUGGCUCUUCUGUCUUCCAGAAUCCCCGUUCCACGCCAAUUGCCGCAGCCUUGUCUAAGAUCCUCAGAUUAUCUGGCAAUAGUGUCUCCGAACUCUCCGCCGGCGGUACCGGUGACGGCGUCGCCUUGCGAAGAGGAUGUCGCUAAACUUCUGGAACGAUGUCAAAGGGUGGACCACUACGUGCCGGUGCGGGAGAAGCUGACUUUAUUCGAAUCCCUUUCGAGAUUAGGCGGUCGCCUGGCUCGGAGCACGGAAGAUCUUGGAAGGACGUCUGCUAAACCCAGUCCCAGGGGUAAACAACGCGCCAGAUCUCUUCACGAUCUCAACCGAGGCGCCAGAGCUCUACCCGUGAGAGAGAUGUGCCGAUUUUUCGAGGGCGAUUUGCAGGAAGCCUGCCAAAAAACGACGAAUCUUGCGAAAACCAGAUUCAGCGAUCCGCCCGCGAAGAACACGUGGAGAGACCCGACUUCGAAACACGAGGCACCAUGUAUCAGCGCUUCCGCGAGAAAGAGACAUUAUCUCAAGUGAGCGCACCUGGUGCGUUCUUUCGGAACGUUUAAGAACUUAUGAAUAAAAAUAUCCUCGAGUUCACGAUUGUCUCAAACAGCGAACACAAAGUCACGGGAUAAUUACUCGAUUAUCAUUAUUCUUAUAUCUUCUUCUCAUCAAUUUUCAUAUAUCAUGCAGGUUUCCGCAACUAGUAUAAAGAUGAAAAAUAGUUUUGCAGUCGAACAAAUUACGAUAGCUUUUUCCCAAAACCCCACAAAUCUAUUAUCACCAUUAUCUGACUGAAUUUCACUUCUGUCGUGUGACUGAUUAAUCGCCCAAUAUUCACGAAAAUCCCUCUGCCAUGAUGAUUACAGUUUCUCGAUGACUUUGAAUUUCCAAUAUGUGAAGUCGAUUUAACCGCGCUUAUCAGACACUUAUCGCCAGAUUAGAAUCAACUCUGUUGAUUGUGUCGCGGGCGACGAUUGUCACACUUGCGUCGGGAGAAAGUCGCCGCGCGCGCGCGUGCGGACUUCUUUUUACGCUCGAGGCCUCCAAGUGUGCUCGAUUCCCUCGAUUGCUGGUUGUCGCGAUCAGCCAUCAAAGUAAAGGAAAAAAAAGAUGUCGAGAUACUCAGUUAUGUACGCGUCUUACGAAAGUGAGAACAGGGGAUAUACCGGUGAAUCCGAUCGUCAUAGAAAUUUCUCACCUUAGAAUUAAUUUUCACCUUUAUUCGUUACACGAAUAUCGUUUCGAAUCGUAGACAAUCCGCAUUUAUUUGUGUGUAAAAAUAUAGAAUCGGCAUAUAACGCCUCGAUUGUGCGUAUAAGCGAGAUGAAGCGUGGCCGAUCGUGACACGAGAGGAGAAUGACGGAAAAAGAAAGAGAGACAGAGAAAUAGAGAAAGAGAGCGGAAGGUAGAGGGGGAGUCGGAGAAACCGGUAAUUUACGUUCACCGAGCGAUUGCCGCAACGUUGAACACCUGUAUGUAUACAAACUAUACGUACAGCGAGCCGAUCGCCGAGCUCAUUUUUCGAUUAGCCUGAAUUCGAUCGUCCGGACUUUAAUCAUGGCUCGUUCGUUAAGUAUCCAAAGAAAUGAAUGGUGAGUAUCGUGACUGCUUAUGGCGUUUCUCCAAUUACACUAAUUACAUGUGAAAUUUGUAUAUAAUUGAUUAUUAUUUUAUUCUGUACCUGAAAUUGUUGGUUCUAUGUCUUCUUCUUCUUAGGCUAUAGUUUAACUUUUGUUAUAUACAUGCCUUUGUUGCGACUGUAAAUAAAUGUAUAAUUACCGAUUUGUAUGGUUUAUGUGUAUAUAUUUAUGUACAAUAGUCUUGGUUGAGUGUGCUGAUAUGUAAUAUUUGCCAUUAGGGCGGCGAUCGCUCCUCUCAAAUAUCCGUCGAGAACCAGAAUACGAAUUAGAGUCGACUUCCGCUUAUUUCAAAUCAAAACGAUAAUAUCCGCUCGUGUAAUACUUCCUUCACUCUCCCGUUCCUUUUCAUAGUUGAUAAUACACAACGUGGGAAAUAUAUUCUAAUUUCGUAUAAAAUGAGCAAUCGAAUGUCUGAUUAUUACUUGGAGAGAAGAUAUAAGAUAUAAAAUGGAAGAAAAUUGUUUGACAGAAAAGUCUUCUUAAACGAAAGCUCUGUUAGAUAUUUGUCCCAUAUUUAAUAAUGAAGAAAUUACAAUACUCCCCGAUUUGUUGAAAGAUAAUUGUUUUUUAAAUAAUUAUAUUAUAUGUAGGCCCCUCGAAAUUGAUUAUUUCGAAAAGAAAAUUUUGUACAGUUAAUUAAACUCCCAUCGAGACGUUUUGCGCUCGAAUAGGGUUGCCACUUAUUUUUGUAUCUCGUUUGUUGUAUAGUGUACGAACUGCGAUUUCCUUGCGUUAUAUAGUAUAUGAGUAACGAUAUAAGAAGGAUAAUAUACAGUAAGAAUAUUACACAAAAUAACCAAUUCGAGAGAGAACGAUCGAGAGAUAAUAAUAUUUCUUCAUUAAUUAUUCAUAUAGAUCGCAUAUAGAUUGUUCUUACUGAAAGUGUUCUGGAAUUCUGAUGAGAUCGUAAAUUUGAAUUUAAUUGUUAUUCUAAACUUGUUGACUUUUUCUUAAAUAUCGAUCAGAAAAGAAUAUCGUGACAAUUCAUAGUAAAUUCAAUUACGUUGUUAUUAUUAUACAUAUUAACUUACAUUAAUAUUAAUAUUGUUGCAUAUUAUCACAUGUAACAUGUUAAACGUUAAAUUGCGUCACAUAUUAUCAAAUGUAACAUUAAAAAUAGAAUUCGGUCAAGUAAUAUAUCAAAACAAUUUUUCAUACCCGAAGGAAUUCCAGGAUACUAUCAGGAUCCGAUCGCGAAGUUGCUUGCAGUCGACGACCGUCUACAGGGUGUUCCAAAUGACUCCGUUGUUACAUAUAUUUUGUAGUAGAUUCGGUCGAACGGUGUCAUUGAUCAGUGCCACCCGGUACGAAGGGUUGGUCGCCAAAGAGGUCUUCUAGUCCUUCGUCGGAUAAUUCCGAAAGGUUAUCCCCCAUAUGUAACUACUCCUCGAUAUAUUCUGAUUUUUAUUAUCCUACAAAUAUUUGUCAAACGCGGUACGAAUUGCGUACCGCCCGCGCAAUAUGCGGCGAAAGUUGCGCGUCUUUGUAUUUACCUUUGUUGUAAUAAAAAGGGACGAAUAAUGGCCGUUA